UUCUUCAGUUGGCGGUUGAACGCCGUCGAGAGUGCUUCCAAGUUUUUGUUCUAUUCUAUUUUGCAUUCUCUGGGCUGCAAUCAUGUUUCUGUUCUCGUUAGUUGGGUUUUGUGUCAUUGUGUAUUACAUAAUACAAUUUUUAGUGUUUUACUACUUGGACUCCGAUUUGGAGCUGUACUUGUUAUCAAAGCUUGGCAAGCCUAUCGAUACUCUUCGGGGCAAGGUCGUCUGGAUUACCGGAGCUUCCAGCGGCAUUGGGCGGGACUUGGCAAUCGUACUGGCCAAGCAUGGAGUUCGCCUGUGCCUGUCCUCGCGAAAGCAAUCCGAUCUGUUCAAGGUCAAGCAGGAAUGCGUUGAGGCUUCCCGGGGAUAUCUGCAUGCCAACGAUGUUUUAGUUUUGCCCAUGGAUAUGUUGGAAAUCGACAACCACAAAAAGUGCUUCGAUAAGGUCAUCGAUUACUUCAAAACCCUCGAUAUCCUGGUGAACAACGCUGGCCGGUCUCAGCGGGCCGAAUGGAACACGAUCCAGCUUAAGGUGGACCGGGAGCUGUUCGAGCUGGACGUGUUUGCCGUGGUGAACCUGUCGCGAAUUGCGUUGAAUUUUUUCCUCAAGAAGAACAUCCAAGGCCACAUCGCCGUCACGAGCAGCGUUACGGGGCUCGUCGGGUUCCCGAACUCGGCCACCUAUACCGCGGCCAAGCACGCCCUGCACGGCUACUUUGAAACACUCCAGAACGAAUGCUUCAACAUUGACGUCACAAUCUUUUGUCCGGGUCCAACUGCAACAAACUUCUUGCAAGAAUGUUUCACAAAUACUCCCGGUGAGAAAUACAACAAACCGGUCAACGCGGACGAUAAACGACUGACCAGCGAGCGAUGCGCCGAAUUGUAUGCAAUUGCAUUGGCCAACAAAACGCCACUCAGCUGGGCUGGCACGAAACCGAUGAACUUCAUCUUCUACAUUGGCUGUUACUAUCCUAACGUGAAGAGAUUGCUUAUCAAAACACUUGGAAUUUCUAACAUCGAUAAUCUACGAAAUGGUCGUCCCCUCGGAUCCAACUGAGAGCAAUCAACAGUUAAUAUUUAAACUAUAUUUUAACAAACAAACAAACAACAAAAUUUACCAUAAAUCAUAGAUAUGUCAUAAGAAUGUAUUUUAU